CAGCAGCAGCAGCCCGCACAGCAGAACGGCCAGGAGGUCGCCAGGCUGAGAAAGGAGUUGGAACGCGCGCGCGAGGAGAUUCAGCAAGCGACCGUGGAGCGCGAGCGGUUCCAGGCGCAGCUCGCGGUGCUGUGUCAGGAACUGGAGAAGAAUCAGGUGGAGUUGCACGAGGCGAACAAGAAACUCCAAGCUGGCGCCGUGAAAGCUGGCGCCGAUACUAUACAAGAGAGGAAACAGAUGGAGGAGCAGAGACGACAGUUGGACGAGCAGAGAAGACAAGUGGAAGAAAAGGCGAAGUCCAUAGAUCAGAAAGCUAGAACGAUAGAGGAAAAGGAGAGGACGCUCCAAAGUCUCGACCAAGACCUGAAGAAGAGGAAGGCGAGAAUGGACCAACUCGAGCAACAAUUACAAAAGAGUGGCGGAGCGCCGGACAAGAGAUUAGCGGAAAUGCAAAAGGCACUCGAGACUGCCGAGAGGGACUUAGAAAAAGCGAAGGAAGAAUCGGGCAGGAGCGCCGCCGAGAUCGAGAAGCUAUUGCAGGUCGUGCAGAUGACACAGGAGGGGCAAAACGCCAAAGAGAAACAGAUCAGAGAACUUCAAGAUGCACUCAAAACCGCACAAGCCAAGUUGAAACAAGCUACAACUGCACAGCAAGAGGAUAACAAGGACGAGCCUUCUUGGCGAGAAGUACUAGAGGCGAAGAACCGUGCCAUAUUCGAGUUGGAAAGAACGAUGGAGCAUCUCCAGAUGGAGCACGACAAGUGCAAGGACCUGUUGGGUGACGUGAAACACAUUGAAUCUUGGAAGGAGGAGACGGAGACGAUGAAUCAACACAUCGUUCAGCUGGAGCAGCAAUUGAAACGCUGUGAGGACCUAAAGAACGAUGUCAGCGGACACGAUAAGAUGAGCAAGGAUAUCGAAAUGCAAACGAAGGCAUGUAAACAUUGUGGCAAUUCGAAUGCAAAGGAUUUGCAUAUUCUCGCGCUGGUGCGACAAGUGACGGCCUUUAGGAAUUCCUUGAAGAAUCACGCGGGCACAACGGAAUCCUCAGAGAAAGGCGACAGCGACGAGAAGUGGGUGAACGGGGAAGUGGAAGAAUCUUGGAAGCGAGAGAUUGAGGCAAAGAAUCGACACAUUGUCGAGCUGGAGCAGAAAAUAGUGUCGCUGGAAAGCCUGCGAAAUAACGUAUACACGCAGAGAAUGCGCGAUCUCGAAGAAACUAUUGACAGAAAGUCUCAACGGGUCGCAGAACUGGAAGACGCCGUAGAAGAGCUGGAGGGCUUUCUCAAGGAGGACGUGAAGGAGAUGCGUGAUCUGCGUUACCAAGUGUCGCUCGAUAAAGAGCAUAUUACAAAAAUGGAGAAGUGGAUCCAAAAGAACAACCUCACGAACGCGGGGAUUGAUAAAGCGAGAAUUAUAGAACUAGAGGAGAUGGUUACGAAUUUGGAACAUUACGUCAGGGAACAUGAUAUUGACGGCCUUAAGCGAAAGCUGCAAGAUCGAGAGUGCAGAAUUGGUCAGCUGGAGAACCAAAUUUUUGAGUUGAAGAAGCUGUCGAAAUUUGAGGAAAAUAAAUCAGUCAGAGACACGUCGAAGGAGAACGCUCUACUCGACGAUGGAGUAGCAUGCGAGCUGGAAGAAAAGAUAAAGGACGUAAUGCAUGUCGCUUUGGAAGAGGAUAACAGAAUCCAAGAGGAGGAGAGCCUGAAAAUAGAGUUGCGGGAGAAAGAGCAAAAGAUGAAAGAAAUGGGACACGACAUUUCGGAAAAGGACAAUAGAAUCCAGAAAUAUGAACAACAGAUCAUAGAACAGCAAAAUAAGAUUUUGAAAAUGGAGAAGGAGAUGGCCGAAAUGGAAGAAGAAUUGUAUGAGACGGAGGAUGUUAGUGCGCUGAAGGAAGAGAUUAAAUUGAGAAACGAGAGGGUGCAGGAGCUAGAAAUGGAAGUCAAUUCUUUGGAGACUUCGCUCGGCGAGAGAAUUGACGUCGCGAUCGAGGAGCUCAUUGCCACAUUGAAGGAGAAGGAGGAAAUAGAGCUUCAAUUGAAGAAAAACCUCGCGGACAAGGAGCGCAAAUUAGAGGAGUUGGACGCAGCUCUUCGUCAGAGCAUCGCUAUCACGGAGGAGAUUGAGACGAAGUUCAAGUACGAGAAAAAGCUCAGAAAAGAAACUGACCAAAGAAUUGCCGAGAUGGAAGAAAAAAUCGCAGUCAUGCAAGCUGCUUCAGCCACGAAAUGCAUCACGUGCAAGCCGCUUCUUUAUAAAAUAUUUAAGACUGAAGAGAAACUCGUCCAAUCGAAUCAGGAGAAGUCUAUUCAACUUCAAGAAUUGCAUCAAAUUAAGCGUGAAGCUUUAAAAGCUGCCCUUUCUGAGAAGGACGCUCACUUAGCUUUGUUGGAACAUUCAGGCAUAACAACUUUAACACAAGCGGAUCAGGCGGCGAAAUUAAAAGCCGAUAAGAGACUAUUACUUGAUAGACUGAGGGAAGAGGACGAAAAAAGUAUUAAGUUAAAUUUUAAACGGGAAACACCACAAUUAUUUCAAAAAAUAUUUAAGAUAUCCGACGGCAAUAAAGACGGUAGUGAUAAUAACAAUAAUUCCUUUGACGAUCGCUUUAGCGAGAUCAGUUCAUCGAAAUCAAUUGCUGUGAAUGGCGACAACUCGUCAAAAUCAGCUAGCACGAGCUGCAAGUAUUCAACAAGAACGUCAAUGGUGUCCGACUUGAAAGACGAAGAUCAAUCGCGGAUUCAUCAGCAGGAUACCAGAUAAGUACUCGAGACCACCUACGGUAUUUUGGAGUAUCGGUCUCUUCGUUAUCUCGAUGUUGUCAUACGCACACACAUACCCGCAAACGUAGAGGCAGUGUAUAGAACGUCUUUAGAAACGUAGUGAAAAAAAGAAAACAAAACAAACAACAACUACAGCAAAACUACAGUACACCACCAAUAUCAGCAACUACAGCAACAGCCAAUACCUUUGCCUGUGCCGCUCAUCACGUAUCGCGCAUCAAUCUUCAUCACCAUCAUCAUCUUCGUCAUUAUUCGACAUUUCUCAUAAUUAAUCGGAAUUUUAUCAUUCACGUGAUAGUGCUUUAAAAGAAUUGUCAAAAUCAAGAAACCGGAAAUUUCUUCAGACUGCUGUCAAUCCAAAUAGAUAGCACUCGGUGGUUUACCAUGGAUGAAAUAU